AUGGUUCUGCUGGAGCAAUUAAUAAAAUUAUGCAGGAAGGACAAUGGUAAUUGUGCAGGAAGAUUCUUGAUAUUGCCCCUUUGGAAGCAUUAUUUGGUUGCUUCUGAUGCCCUCUUUUUAAAGAGUUUAUUUAACAUUAUCCAACAGCGUUCAGGUUGCCUUGGCAGUACUCUAGCUGUAAUGAAGAAAUCAUCGAAAUUUCUUCCGGUUAUUGGCUGGUCAAUUUGGUUUUCUGAGUAUCUCCUUUUGGAGAGAAGUUGGGCCAAGGAUAAAAGCACAUUAAAGUCAUCCCUCCGGCGGCUGAGUGAUUUCCCUCUUCCAUUUUGGUUGGCUCUAUUUGUAGAAGGAACAUGCUUUACACAAGACAAACUCUUAGUUGCACAAGAAUAUGCAACCUCCACUGGAUUGCCUGUUCACAUGAAUAUGUCCAAAAACCUUACAAACAGAUUAGAACAAAACAUUAGGCAACAAUUACAAGACAUUUUACUUGAAGCAAAUGAUUACAUGAAGAGUCGACUUUCUAAAACCAUCUUGUAUGAGUAUGUUGUUAAGAUGAAGGUUGGAAUGCCUACUUACCAGACUAGUAGGCAAGAAGGGUUGCGUGGCCGUUAUGUAUCAUUUGUGGCUGUCAAUGGUAUAAACUACACUGGUGAUGCUACAGACUAA